AUGAGUCCACAGGAUGAAUUUGAGAAAGUUGCUGAAGACGAAAGAAGUGUUAUCGGUGGAGACUUAAAUGGGCAUGUGGGGAGAGGAUCCGAUGUUAUCAGCCGAGUGCACGGAGGGAUGUGUUAUGGCGAGGGAAAUGAGGAUGGAGAACGUGUUAUUGAUUUUGUCAUCUCUAACGAUAUGGUUAUCAGUAACACUAUUUUUACGAAACGACAAGAACAUCUUAUCACGUACAAGAGUGGCGGAAGAGCUAGCCAAAUAGACUACCUCUUGUUUCGUAGGAGAAAUAUGGUUGAGAUUAUAAGCUGUAAGGUAAUACCAGGUGAUCACGUGACCAACCAACACCGACUGGUCGUGAUGGAUUUGAACAUCAAGGUAUCCCGAGUGCAUAGUACACCGAAACCUGGACCUAAGAAGAUCAAAUGGCAUAGAUUGAAGGAACAGGAGAAGAAAGAAGAGUUCAAAGAGAGAAUACUCGGGCAAAUUAGCCAAGAAAUUGAAGAUCUAAACUCCUGGGGGAAUGAAACAGCGGAAUUUGCGAUACGUGCAAGAAAAGGGAUUUUAGGAGAAACUAGUGGAAAGAUCUGGAAAGAUAAAGAAAUUUGGUGGUUCAAUGAUGAAUUGUAUGAAGAUCUAGACAGCAAGGAAGGACAGGGAAAGGUUUUCCAACUGGCGAAGACAAGGAAUAAAAGCACGAAAGAUAUCGUACAUAUUAAGCAAAUGAAAGAUGAGAAUGGAAAUAUAAUUAGAACAGAACAAGGAAACAUCAAGAGAUGGGAAGAGUAUUUCUCUAAAUUACUGAACGAGGAAAAUGAACGGCUGAUCAGAGGUGAUGGAGACGCUAACCAGGCUGCAGUCUUGCAAAUAUCAAGGAUAGAGGUGCAACAGGCGCUGAAGAAGAUGGAAAACGGGAAAGCCACGGGACCAGACGGCAUCCCCAUAGAAGCCUGGAAAGCGAUGGGAGAGGAAGGCAUUUACAUGUUAAGGAUGCUGAUGAGGAAGGUGAUGGAUGAGGAGAAUAUCCCGACAGUAUGGAAAGGAAGUAUAUUAAUACCGAUUUUCAAAGAGAAAGGAGAUGUUCAAAAUUGUGAAAAUUAUAGAGACAUAAAACUAAUGUCACAUACGUUGAAACUAUUAGAAAGAAUAGAUGGCCGAAUAAGACAGGAAGCGUUUAUUGGAAGACAACAACUGGGCUUCAUGAAAGGAGUAGGAACGGUGGACGGGAUAUUCUGCCUUAGACAAACAAUGGAAAAGUAUCGAGAAAAUCAAAAAGUGUUACACAUGUUGUUUAUAGUCCUAGAGAAAGCUUAA